UUUUGAAAAAAAAAGGAAAUCGUCGUCACAGGCUAAGUCAUCGGUGUCGACUUUGUAUAUUUCCUAAAAUAUGUGUCAUUUACCAGCAGACAGAGUCGCUCUCGUCGCUCCUGGUUGUUUUCGUUGCUCUGGACAUGCGGGCAUCACUUCUUCUGUUCAUUUUAACUGCAGCUAAAUACACCUUCACUGGGGUGUACGCUGGUCCAUCAAAGCCGAUGUCAUCUACUGUUAUGUGUGAGGCUCCUGAGCCGAAGAAUAACGCAAAGACACCGGACAAGUUGGAGCCCCGGUUCCGUAUGCAGUGUAUAGACGGCUAUGUAAGGCAGGCUGGGACAUCCAAUCUCUACAGAUGUGAAAAAAAAGACAACUUGUAUUUAUGGGUGAACGAGCCAUCUCUGAACUGUAUACCUGAUCCGUCAAAGCCGGGAUCAACUGCUGUUAUGUGUGAGGCUCCUGAGCCAAAGAACAACACAAAGACACCGGGCAAGUUAGAGUCCCAGUUCCGUAUGCAGUGUAUAGACGGCUAUGUAAGGCAGGCUGGGACAUCCAAUCUCUACAGAUGUGAAAAAAAAGACAACUUGUAUUUAUGGGUGAACGAGCCAUCUCUGAACUGUAUACCUGAUCCGUCAAAGCCGGGAUCAACUGCUGUUAUGUGUGAGGCUCCUGAGCCAAAGAACAACACAAAGACACCGGGCAAGUUAGAGUCCCAGUUCCGUAUGCAGUGUAUAGACGGCUAUGUAAGGCAGGCUGGGACAUCCAAUCUCUACAGAUGUGAAAAAAAAGACAACUUGUAUUUAUGGGUGAACGAGCCAUCUCUGAACUGUAUACCUGAUCCGUCAAAGCCGGGAUCAACUGCUGUUAUGUGUGAGGCUCCUGAGCCAAAGAACAACACAAAGACACCGGGCAAGUUAGAGUCCCAGUUCCGUAUGCAGUGUAUAGACGGCUAUGUAAGGCAGGCUGGGACAUCCAAUCUCUACAGAUGUGAAAAAAAAGACAACUUGUAUUUAUGGGUGAACGAGCCAUCUCUGAACUGUAUACCUGAUCCGUCAAAGCCGGGAUCAACUGCUGUUAUGUGUGAGGCUCCUGAGCCAAAGAACAACACAAAGACACCGGGCAAGUUAGAGUCCCGGUUCCGUAUGCAGUGUAUAGACGGCUAUGUAAGGCAGGCUGGGACAUCCGAUCUCUACAGUUGUGAAAAAAAAGACAACUUGUAUUUAUGGGUGAACGAGCCAUCUCUGAACUGUAUACCUGAUCCGUCAAAGCCGGGAUCAACUGCUGCUGAUCCAUCAACGCUGGUGUCAUCCGCUGUUACAAACACACAGGCCCACACACCAGCCCCAAAUCUCACUCUUUCGACAUCCAGUACAACAGUGAGAUCUUAUUGUACCACCAAGGGAAAAACACCGAGCACUUCUACGACAUCUGGACAGACUGCCUUAACAACAACACACACAGUUCCCACAACAACAGGGACUGUCCUCCAUGGGACAACAAUGAAGGAGGAGACCUCGACCAAUGAGAUUACACUUUCAUCUUUCUCUACCUUGACAGUCAGGGAAAACCAGACCACAGUUUCCCCACGGUUCACACAUUCAAGCAUCAACACCACCACGACAGAAGCCAAUGAAAGGAACAAGGCAGAGUUUUCAGUUUUAACCAAAAAUGGAAUAGCUGCAGGGACAGUACUAACCUUGACUGUCAUCGCAGCAUCAGCAGUAGGAGUUUUUCUGUGGUGUCGACGUUCAAGGCAAGGAGCGGUCAGCAUUCCUCCUGAAGAGAUGAUAUUACAGGCCCCUGGCUCAGAUAAGCCCUUAUUAGACACGCCCACCACAACAAGCAGCUGCCUUUCAGACUCUGUCCAAAAUCCAGACUCACCUCCUCCUCUUACUGUCUAGCAUGUCUAAUUAAAUUAGCUGUUAAAGCUGAGAAAUAUUAAUAUAUUAUUUUGCUAUGUGUGAGUGUUAUAUAUGUAUAUGUAUACUGAGUGAGAGGGACAUGUGUGUGUUUUGCUUGCCAGCUUGCUCUUGUACAGAAAAUAUGAGAUACAUGUAAAAAUAUAUAAAUAUAGGACAAUAAGCAUUUUGUCAACAAAAAUUGUUUCAUAAAUAUUAGCACCCCCAGAUAUUCUUAGGAACAAAAUUUAAUGAAAUUAAAUGAAACAAAGAAAGUGGAAAAAAGUGGAACCCAUUGUCCUCAGGUCAUAAACAGUGUUUAAGUGAUACUCAUAUAUAAAAAGUGACCAGAAUGUAGACACAUUCCUUGACAAUAUUCUUUAAGACCUUUGACCACAGUGGCAUUUUUCUUUCAGAACAAUAAAUGUUUACAAGAAACAUGAA